CCAGGGACUGCUUUUGCGCAGUUGACACCCUAACGUGACUGGACGCUCAUCUCGAAGAUUUGAAGACCUUCUGCGGCAGAGUGAACUGCUUUUUGAUUUCCUUGAGGGAAAGCAGAUCUGCAGAGGUUUGCAUUUUGUAUUCCUUCCUCAAAUGGGCGUGUUCUCUGCAGCAAACGUAUAAGAAGCCGGUGUCCGAUCUGUUAAAGCAGAAUCAGUAGAGCAACAUCUACAAUCCGGUCCCUCAGAAGAGCUGUACCGCAUAGAAGCUUGUUUGCCGCAAGAUGUUUGCAGAUAUUCCGCGACUCUCCUCUCGGUUAUCAAACAGCACGCCGAGGGGUCCAGCUUACCGCUCCUCUCAUGCCUUUCGGAGUUCCGGCAUCUCGUCCGUGACUAACUCGACCACCUUCCGCAAAACCGGCACUGGACGUCCACUUUAUUCAGCAGCAGGCAACCCGGCCAGAAUCGAUCAUGUAGACCUGUCCAGUACUACCGCUUUGACUAAUGAGCUGAAGAUCAUCCGCACCAAUGAAAAAGAGCAGUUGCAAGGACUAAAUGACCGCUUCGUGUCCUUCAUCGAGAAGGUGCAUCAGUUGGAGCUGCACAACAAGGUCCUGGAGGCCGAGGUGACGGCGCUGAGGCAGCAGCAGACCGAGCCGUCCCGUCUGCACGAUGUCUAUGAGCAGGAGAUCCGAGAGCUGCGCUCCCGGGUGGAGGAGCUGACCCACGAGAAGAGCCAGGCCGAGCUGUAUUGUGCUCAGCUUGCCGAUGCGCUGACCAAGACUAAAGAAAAAUUGGAAGAGGAGAGUAAACUGCGGGAGGUGGCCGAAGACACCCUGUCGGGCUACAGAAAGGACGUGGAUGAUGCUACUUUGAAUCGCUUACAGCUAGAGAAAAAGGUCGAGAAUCUACUGGAGGAAAUUACCUUCCUCAGAAAAGUGUAUGAAGAGGAGUUGAAGGAGCUGCAGGCUUCUGUGCAGUCUAGUCAGGUAUCUGUAGAUGUGGACAUCGCCAAACCUGAUUUAUCAACAUCACUGAAGGAUAUCCGUAUUCAGUAUGAGAAUCUCUCCUUGAAGAACCAGCAGGUGGCUGAGGAGUGGUAUGUUUCCAAGUACGCUAAUGUGACUGAGGCAGCGACCCGUGAAGAUGAGGUUGUCAGGCAGUCCAAGGAGAAGAUCAGUGAGUAUCGUCGGCAGCUACAAGCCUGCAGCUUAGAAGCAGAUGCCUUGCGAAGCAGCAACAAGGCCAUGGAGAGACAGAUUCAGGAGAUUGAGGACCGACACCAGCAAGAGAUCAAUGGAUUCCAGGAAAUGAUUAAGAAACUUGAAGGCUCAUUGAGGACAACAAAAGAGGAAAUGUCCCGCCAUCUUCGUGACUACCAGGACCUACUGAAUGUAAAAAUGGCUUUAGAUAUUGAAAUUGCUGCUUACAGGAAACUUCUGGAGGGUGAAGAAGCCCGUCUCAAAGUGGUUUCAGGAAAUCUGCAGCACUAUGGAUUUUCCAGCUAUCAAAUGACCUCCUCAGUACCAAGAUUUAGUUCCUUCUCUGCCCGCAUGAAGGAAGAACUUGAGAGCAAUGAAGAUGAGGAUGAACAAAAAGAUGAGGAAGUGGAAGGAGAAGAAGAUGAUGAAGAAGAAAUGAAAACAACAGGAAGUCCACCCAAUAGAAAGCAUUAGUGAUUCUCGGGUAGCUCUCCCAGAAUUUCCUGUCCCUCAUCUUCUUUCUCGUCACCAUUCAUCUCUCAGUUAUACUAGUCUAAGAUGGUAAUGAAAAGCAGCUUAAUAGCAUCAAUGUGUCCACAAACCGUGGCCCGCAUGCAAAGUGGUGCAGUAAAUCUGAUAUCACAAUUUCCAGGUUCGGUGCAGUAGAUAACCAAGGUUUAGCCUUGGCAUGUGCCAUUGUCAAUGUAGAUGACAUUCUUUGAGCAGGCACAAGGUGGACAGGUGCCAUGAAAGGUGUUUGUAUUUAGGUCCAAUUUUCUGCAUUAUUGUGCAUUUCUCAGAGUAAGUGCUAUCAAAUUGUUAACUGAAACCCAAUAUUAGAUUAAAGAGAAAUUCAGUGAAUGAACAAAACAAAGUUGAAAACUUACCUUUCUUUUUUAUUAAAGAGAGUUAUGUAACUCCCAAUUUCCAAUGUGAAAAAAAUAAUUGCACUUACAUUCUAUAACGAUGGCCACAUAUUUCAUUAUUGAUGAGUGCCAUGAAGCACCAUGGAAGGAUUUUUCUUCCUCUCCUCCUUUUAGGAUUUCCUCAAGUCUUCACAUUUCUGAGCUUUUGGAUGUGAACUGUUUUGUUUCCAGGCUUUUGUCACAACACCAUAGUGAGACUUAAUUCAGAACAUCACAAAACACCAAUAUCGUCAGUCAUUCUGGUCUAAUAAUCUAACAAAAUCUUGUUGGUGUUGACCCAAGACGUCAGUCAGUUCCCACGUCUGCAUCACUGUGUGACCCUGAACAAGGCAGGCAAGUUAAGCAUAAAGAUUACCUAGAAAUGAUCAUAACAUAACCUGAUCUUGUAAGUCACCUUGGAUAAAGGACUGCUUUCUCUUGCUUUGGUCAUCAACCCUAACGCUGGUUUGUCACAGCAGUUGUCCACUCUGUCCUUUUCCUUACUUUCUCCUAAUUGAUACAGUAAACAUUUUCAAUCAUCAGGCUGAUGUACUGCCUCCUUGCUGUGCCUUCUAACAUAUAAGAACAUAAGGAAUUUUACAAAUAAGAGGAGACCAUUUAGUCUAUCAGGCUUGUUUUUUAGCUAAUAGAUAAAUUCCAAUAUCUCACCUAGAUACUUCUUGAAAGUUGUCAAGGUUUUGGCCUCAAUUCCACAUCUUGGUAGUUUGCUCCAAAUUCCAGCAUCUCCUAGAGUAAAGAAGUACUUCUUGGCUUCAAUCCUAAAUGCACUCCCAGUGCCCAUUCAAAAUUGUCAGAUGGUGAGUGUGAUCAGAUUUUUAUUCUUCUUAACCAGAAGGUCCCAUAUUUUUUCCUUUCUCCUCCCUGCUUGUUGAGGAACACCUUCAUUUGUAACCUGAUGAAUCCACCAUAUCUGUCAUUUGCCCUAUCAAUUAUUCUGUUGUCUCUUAUUAAUGCAGUCCACAUUUCAUUUAUGAACAAUGCUCAGCUCCAUACAAAAGUCCUCAAAAAUAACACCCCAACCUGACCACCUGACCUCUGUGACAAGCGUCUUGCUGUGAAAUAAGCUUUUCUCCAGACAUGAUGAGGCCCAUGUUGGUAAAAAUGUUCCACUUUUGACUCGCUUGCCCAUUUCACAAGUACUCUUGACAAUCAUCUUGGUCAUUUAUUUUGUAAGUAAGUCUCUUCACUGGUUUUCAGGUAAUAAUACAUCCCAUUAAUAUAACACAAUAUAGUUUUUUCCUUAUUUAAUGCAUUAAUUUUCCUCCAUUCUUCUCUUUGAAUUGUAUGAUGCCUGCUACAUUCUCAGACCUGUCUAAUACAAUUCAGAAUUGGCAGGGAAUGGGCAGAAUUGGGUGCAAGGCAGGACACAAAAUUCUGGAUAGAACACCAUGCCAAUGCAAGGCCCACUCUCACACACCCACAAUGGCCCAAUUUGGAAUCACUAAUUAACCUAACAUGCAUGUCUUUAGGUUACGGGUGAAAAACCACAAUACCUGGAGAAAAGCAUACAGACAUGGAGUUAAUGUGCAGACUUUACACGGACAACAAGCAAGUAAACAAAUACAUAAAUAAAGCAUUGAACAGAAAGUCUAAAUAAAAUUUAAGGCUACCUCCAUAUUAAUGGUGUUUUUAAACAAAAAUGAUCUUCGUCCACAUUAGAGUUUUCACAUCGUUUAAGAAAGUAUCUCCAUCCACAACAAAAUGACUGAAAAUAAAUGUGGCAUAUGUUUUCCUACACUAGAAAUCCUUGAAGGUAUGGUAAUGCUUCUGGCUGUGGGAUUUAUCACAAAACUGUAUUAGCUGGUAAAUGAUUUGACUUUUGCGCAUGUGUGCAGCAUUCAAACUGUACAAAACAGAAUUUAGAUGCAUGUAGGAAAGCAACACAAAAUGUGCCAUGCAAAGCAAUUCUUCAGUGCCUUCUGAUUCUGUUGCAAUAUGAUUUUCUUCCAUGAAGUGUGACCAAUCAGGGAAUGUGAUGAUGUAAUAAGCAUAAUCCAAUCAGGGAAAGGCUGCAUAAUAAGCAUGAACAAAUAGUUUUGUUAGAAUCUGUGUUUUUAAGAGCUUCCCUUUUCACCUGUCCACGUUGCAAUGCUGAGCCUGUGCUUUCAGAAGUAUACGGUUCUGGAAAGCAUUUUCAAAAGUCUCAGUUUUUGGGGGUUAAAAAUAUCAGGGUAAUGUGAAAGAAAGACAAAAACAGAGACUAAAGUUUGAAUUUUUAAAUGUCAAGGUAGUAGUGUGGACAUAGCCUAAGACUGCUCAAGAGGAUGAAAGGAAGAAUGGUGUCCAGGAAUGAUGGUCUUAUCCAGUAAAAUAACUGGACAGAUCCUCAUUGAAUAAACUUUAUUUAUUAACAUAUAUACACUAUAAUUAACUUUAUUAUUUAGCCACUGAGAAAUGGAGGGGGAUGGAGGAAUCUUCUAACUGAACAAACUUAGAUGAAGUGACAAAAGCCACAUUUGGAGGAUGUGUUUUCCAUCUCGAGUAAUUCCAAAAAAAAUGUAUGAGGGUCAAUGAACAUUCAUCAAGGUGAAUUUUGACAAAUAGCUCUUCACAUGUGUGAUCAGUGGUUAGCAUUGCUUCACUACUAUAGGUAACAAUUGUGCCUGGCCUCUUUCUGAUGGUGGGCUCACCAUCACCUUAGCUGUGGAAAGUGACGGAUGAUCCCUAAUGGAGAUCUUUGUGAAAAUUCAUAUCAUGUUUUGGAAAAUUUUGACUGGAUGGCCCUUCCAGUUAAGAUUUUCUCAGUAUAUAUGCAUUUGGAGUGGUGGAACCUCACGGUCCUUAAAAAUAUCUUUGUAAUCACUUCCAGAUGGACAUGACAUGUUGAGAUUUUGAAGAAUCAAGGUUGGCUGUGGUGUAUUGCCUCAAUUUAACUGUGAUGGUAAGAGCCUACACCAGACAGAUUUAUUCUGUUUGGGCUGCCCUCAUUUUGGCCUGAGUUUUAACUAAAGUACACAAACAGCUGAUUCUCACACGCCUGAUUAUCUUAUAUACCAAACUUUUAAGUCUUUAUUUCCAUUAGACUCUCUUCCAAAUUCAGUAAAAAGCUAUAAAAGAUCUAGUGAAAUUCAAUGUGGAAAAAUAUGCAAUAAUGCAAAAAAAUUGGACUAGGGGAUAUCUGCUGUACCUAUUCUGGCCCUUUAGAAUAAUGCCAUUAUGUAAUAUUUCCUGCCCUGACACCAAGCCCAGUGCCAGAACUCUGGCCAGAUCAAUAACGUAAUAUUCUCAAACCCACUUAAUCCAAUUCAAGGUUGCAUGGGGCUAUAGUAUAUUAAGACAGCAUUUGGUACAAAGCAGGAACUUAACCCUGGAGAGAACGCCAGCCUACCAUAGGGCCUACUCUCAUGCACACCUAUGGGGUCGUGGGAGGAAAACCCACACAGAUAAGAGGGAAAUGUGUAAAGUCCACACAAACAAUGAGUCGAUGAGACAACAACUCUAUUGCUGACCAACCAUGUCUUCCCCUGUUUAGAAUUCCAGGUCUAGAUGGAAAGGAAGAGCAUCAGCUACAUUCUACCUGAUCUGAACCGAAUUCUUCAUAAUGGAUUAGGGAUGCUUUUGGACUAGUUUGGCCAGAUUGGGGCUUGAAGUGUUCACUAUUCUAUGUGCUGAAGCUAAUAAAGAACUGUUGUCCUAAA